AUGACACUCUCUCGUCUAGAACAGCACAUGCAAUCGAAGUUCACGGCUCACCGAGUCUUAAACUACACGCCGGAAAUGAUACAGAACACUAAGGUAGCUACGGGGAUCACGAUGGCGUACCUUAUCCAAGAGAUAGGCGAAGGCAUCUUUGAGGACGAAACUCGAUUGGUGCUGGUCAUGGGCUACGAAUAUCGAAAGGAGGAGUGGGCCCCACUCGUCGAUGGCUUGCUCACUCAAUGGGAGCAGAGUGCCUCUGGCAAGAAACUCAAGAUCCUCACAUUGGACAACCGAGGCGUUGGACACUUGGCACUUUUGGACGCCAUUGGCUGGGAGACUGCUCACAUCGCUGGAAUUAGUAUGGGAGGUAUGAUCUCUCAGGAGAUUGCGCUGGCUGCUCCGGAGCGGCUGCAGUCUCUGUUCCUCUUGGUGACUAGUCCGGGGUCCUUCACGCCUGAAGCUUCUGCAUACCCUGCGAUCAUCACGACGCUGGUCUCUUCGGACAUGGACAAGGUCACGAACGCUAUGUUGUCUUUCCUGUAUCCGGAAUCAUUCUUGGCUUGCAGGAAUGGAGAUAGCGGUACUAUGCACGACGUGUUCUUCAAGUACCACAAGGAGGUGGCCGCCACGCUGGGAGCCCCGUCAUCGUCUGGUGCUCUCGGCCAAACAGCAGCGCUGGUGCUUCACAGCGUCUCGGACAAGAAGCUGCACAAGAUCCGUGACGCUGGUUUUCCGAUCCUUAUCGUCGGAGCGAGGCAGGAUCGGUGCAUCAACGUGUCGCACUCACUUCACUUUAGCGAAGUACUUGCGAGUGAUCAUACUAGGAUGGUGAUGUAUGAAGAUGCUGGUCACGCUUGCUUUUUGCAGCAUAUUGAUGAGAUUUCCGACAACAUUCUGGAUGUAGUGCAGAGUACGAAAUUGCCCGCGCCUGCCAGCUAA